CGAGAUAUUUCUAUGCGUCAUACUUCAACCUAACUUUAGCUCAAACUAGUUGUUGUUUUUUAUUUGAAUGCUAUUAAAACAAAACCAUGUCUGUUCCAGUACAAAAUAUUCAAGGUAAUAUGAUUCAAUCUCAGAAUAUCGUAAUUAACCAGGUUCCUUUAACACAUACAAUGAUAACGAAUGUGAAUCCAAGUAAUGGAAUACCUAUAGCAUCAGCGAUAGCUCAGUCUGUAGACCAUCAUCAAUCUGAUUUGAAACAAACAAUGAUUGUUGAAGCGAUGCCCAUUCACAAUUCAAAUAUCGUUCAGAGUGGAGGAAUAAGUUCUUUAUCUCAUGUUAAACCGUCUCAAAGUGGAUCGUCAACAAAUGUAGAGAAUGCUCCUAUUGUAUCAAAACAGAGAUUGCAAGACAUUAUAAGAGACACAGACCCCACAUUGAAUUUAGAAGAUGAAGUUGAGGAAAUAAUCCUGAAUUAUGUGGAUGAGUUUAUAGAUAAGGUUCUUAAUGGUGCUGCACUCAUUGCAAAAAACAGACAUGUAUCAACAAUAGAAGUAAAAGAUGUACAACAAUAUCUCACAAGAAAUUAUGAUAUGUGGACCCCUGGGUUUGGAACGGAUGAACUCAAAACUCUUAAGAGAAGUUUCACCACUGAAUCUCACAAGCAACGUUUAGCAUUAAUCAAAAAAACUCUGAAAAAGUACUGAGAACUAAAGAGAAAGGAGAACAUUUGUUUAUGAUUCAAUGUUAUAAGAUUAUUAUGAUUUCUUCUGUUCAAUAUAUAAAUUAUUUAUUUUCCAAAUGUUGUAGAUAUUUGAGUGAAUAUUUAUUUGGUGACUCAAUAAAUUUUGUAUAU